AUGAAGGUUGCAGUCCCUGUCCCCAGUGGGCGGCCUGGGCGCCUGCCCCAGGUGUGCUCUCAGCGCCCGUGGCUCCCGCUCCUGCUGCUCUUGCUGCCGCUGCCGCCGCCGCCGCCCUGCGCGCGCGCCGAGGACGCUGCCCGCGCCAACGCGGACCGCUACGCCGUCUAUUGGAACCGCAGCAACCCCAGGUUCCAUGUGGGUGCGCCGGGUGAUGGUGGAGGCUACACAGUGGAAGUGAGCAUCAACGACUACCUGGACAUCUACUGCCCACACUACGGGGCGCCGCUGCCACCCGCCGAGCGCAUGGAGCACUAUGUCCUCUACAUGGUCAAUGGCGAGGGUCACGCAUCCUGUGACCACAGGCAGCGCGGCUUCAAGCGCUGGGAGUGCAACCGGCCGGCCGCGCCUGGGGGGCCACUCAAGUUCUCAGAGAAAUUCCAGCUCUUCACGCCCUUCUCGCUGGGCUUCGAGUUCCGCCCGGGUCAUGAGUACUACUACAUCUCCGCCACGCCUCCUAAUGCUGUGGACUGGCCCUGCCUGCGGCUGAAGGUGUACGUGCGGCCGACCAAUGAGACCCUGUACGAGGCCCCAGAGCCAAUCUUCACCAGUAACAACUCCUGCAGCGGCCUGGGCAGCUGCCGCCUGUUCCUGAGCACCGUCUCUGUAUUGUGGACCCUCCUGGGCUCCUAGUCCGGGCCCUGUGUGGACGCCAACUCGCGACCCCGCUGUGGCCGCCUCCGAGACCAAAUAGAGAUACUGCUCUCUCCCUGGAGCUGCUGCCCAGGCUGGGAGGGCUGAGCCCCGGCCUGGGGAGGGGACACUGGGCGGCCCCACGGCCCGACCCAGCCCACUCUGACCAGGAGGCCCCAGCCCCCUCUGGGUAAUCUUGCGUGUUGGGAUUUUUGUUUUAGUUUUUUUUUUUUUUUUUAAAGUGUCUUUUUCAUGAUUGGAUCGGAAAGACUUGAGUUUUUUAAUUUAAUUUAUUCCCUGCGGUUGCCAGUGACUUUGGAGAGGAGCUAAUCAAUGUCUCCUGGAUCCCAGGGAGGGAAAUCUGGGGACACUGGGGCCAGCCACUUUCUGCUCUGUGCCCCAUCUUACAGGUCCUGGCUGGAGCCCACCAAGGACUCUCAGGUACCCUGGGACAGGUGUGUGGUGCAACCCCUCCUUAUAGUCCAGGAGGCCAAAUUCUCCUGCCUCAGCUCCCUUGUUCCUGGUGAUUUGCUUCCAGCCAUUGUGGGCUUACAGCCCCCCACAUCUCAGCCUGUACAAACAGGCCCCCACCCAACCCCUCUGCCCACCUGAGAAGACAUUAUAUUUCUGUAAAUAGAGCCAGCAAGUAUAAUAUACUGUGAUUUAUUUUUAAUGUAUUCCUGAGGAUGGACUGGAAAGUUGUUUUUCUUUUUGUUUUUUUUUAAGCUCUUUGUCAGGGUCUUUUAUUUUGGCGGGGGGAUGGGAGGGUUACUUUUUAGAAUAGAAGCAACACUUGGCAAUAAGCUCAUUUUGUCUGUCGGAAUCCCCCUCCCUUCACUCUCUGACCUAAUAAUGUUUCUAAGAAAAAAAAUGGACAGAACAAAAAGGGAGGGGGGACCACUACCAAAAACAUCAACCCCCCCCCAAGACAACGUAAUGAAGGAAACAACACAUUUAUACAGAUUUCAUAUUUCUACCCGCCUUUCCUGACUGUGUUUUAUAUAUAUUAUAAUAUAAAUAUAUAUUGUGUACGGCCGCCGGGGGAUGCCCACGCCUGCUGUGGUAAGG